GCACCCAAUCUGCAUAUAAACAAUACACACCCAUCGCUACAUAGACAAAACAAGUCUGCGUGCUGAGUGCACUGCUUGCACUCAGUAUGUCGACGAGUGAUGUACAGAACAACAACAACAGCAGCAUUGAUGAUGAAGACGAUGACUGGCAACGUGUAACAUCAAAACGAAAACAUACAGGGUCUCCAACUUCAGUAAAGCAACAUGCCAAACGUUUUAAUGCUGAUGAUGUGCCUUCAACAUCAACCAACCGUUUUGUAAGUCUUGCAAAUAAUAUGGAACCUGACAAUGAUGAUGACGAUGAUAAUGCUACUACCCAGCCUGAGGAACCGAAGCCGCCUCCAAUCUUUAUUCCUGAUGUGGCAGAUAUAGCAAAAAUGGUUGCUAGUAUAAUUCUGACAGUGAUGCAAUCACCGAGUAUCUAGAUAUUGCAUGCCAGAUGUACAAAC